CCUGUCGGUCCUCCCAGGGGCUCCGGCUGGAGUGGCGGAAGUUGCCAGUGCUUGUUCCGGGGCCGGAGGGGGAUGAAAUCAACUCUGAUGAGUGGAGGCUGGACCUAAUCCCGCACAUCAAAACCCGUUCGACCACUGACGGCAUUGCGCGCAGGCACAACAAUCGUCCGGUGGUUUCAUGCGAAGAAUUAGUCAACAUGAUGGCAAACAUUGUUAUUCUGAUUGCGAUAUUGUCCAUAUCGCUAUUAUUUUGGGUUGUGUCCAUGACAGCAAGUACUUAUUAUGAUAAUCUCCGACCAGUAUCGCCCUGGAGAUGGAUGUUUUCUGUGAUGGUUCCGCUAAUUAUUACUUCGCAUGCAGUGAAGAGGAAAAGUCUUGAUCGUAGCGGAGCUAUUGGAGCUUUGAUUGUCGGAAUCAUCCUUACAGUUGCCAACUUCAGUUUCUUUUCUGCGCUGCUAACGUUUUUCGUUAGCUCAUCUAAACUCACAAAAUGGAAGGCUGAGGCAAAGAAGCGUCUGGAUGCAGAAUAUAAGGAAGGUGGCCAGAGGAAUUGGCUGCAAGUAUUCUGCAAUGGAGGUAUUCCUACAGAAAUUGCCUUGCUUUAUAUGAUUGAAAAUGGGCCAGGAGAAAUUGCAAUUAAUUUUACAAAGCAAUACACUGCCUCUUGGAUGUGUCUGUCCCUCCUGGGUGCUCUGGCUUGCAGCUCAGGGGAUACAUGGGCAUCAGAGAUUGGAAGUGUUGCAAGUAAGAAGCAACCAAGGCUGAUAACCACCUGGGAAAAGGUACCCAUUGGUACUAAUGGAGGAGUGACUCUCGUGGGUCUUGUUGCAAGUUUGCUUGGUGGAACUGUUGUUGGAUUGGCCUAUCUGCUGACUCAGUUGAUAUUUGUGGACGAUCUGGAUAGCUCACCACCCCAGUGGCCAGUUGUCUUAUAUGGAGCUGCGGCAGGUUUCUUCGGUUCCAUUUUGGAUUCCUGUCUAGGUGCCACAAUGCAGUAUUCAGGUUUUGAUGAAGAUAAUGGAAUGGUUGUUCAUCACAUCACUCCAAAUGGAAGGCAUAUAUCAGGAAAGCCUAUCCUGGAUAACAAUGCAGUGAACCUCUUCUCUGCCAUCAUUAUUGCUUUGUUAUUGCCAGGAAUAACCUGGCCUUUCUGGCCAAGGCAACUAACAAUUUAGAAAGAUAGACUUUGAGCAUCUAUUCAUAUAUAACAGUACAGGCAAGCCGAAAUAGAAGAGAAGAUUCAAAUGAACUUGCACUGAUAGAUUUCCAAGUGUUCAACUUUGUUGAAUUAAAUUCCUGGGACCUUAAUUUGAAGGUUUAGUUAUUGCAGGUUUGGACAAAUUACUUGGGAUUUCUCCAUUCAAAAAUUUUAUAUGCAUAACAUCUCAGUGAAUUAUGAUUAUUAGCUCCCUAUCUAUGACCUUAUAGAGGUUUAAAAUAGGGUUAGAUGGUUAGUCUAUUUGCAGGAUAUGAAGGUCUGAAAACUGGAGGGCGGAGGUUGAGGAUGAGAGAACUUUAAUGGAGAUCUGUGCAGCAAGUUUUUCGCACAGAAGGCAUGCAGUUAUAAAACAAGUUGCCAAUUGAGAUGGCAGAACAGAUACAUUUCCAAUGUUCAGAAGGUAUUUGGAAUGGUACUGGGAUAUGAAAAGAGUAGAGGGAUAUGGGUAAAUGAGAUUUGGUGAGACAGAUGUCAUGAUUGGCAUAGAUAAGUAAGACCAAAGGGUCCAUUUCUUUGCUGUACAGUCUAUAACUUAUUGGAUUCUGUUUUCAUUAUUCUUGAUGGAUCAUUCUAGAAGAUGUGCAGAUGGGUUAGCAGGUUCUUUGACCACAUGGGUGUAAUUGGACAGCAUCAGCUUGUUGGCUGGAAGGGCCCGUUACCCUCUAAUAAAUAAGAUCACUGGAUUUCCGCAAAUUACAAAAGCAUGGAGACCACUAAGGUCCUUUGGUAAAAGCAUUGACAUGUAUUAACAUGAGUGGCCUCCUGUUUCUAACUCAAUUAAGGAAGCUUUAAAUAUGCUUCGGUAAAGGCAGUGGGAGAGAGGUGCCUUAUUGAGAUUAUCUUUCCAAUUUAGUGAUCUUUGUCACUCGAAGGAGCACUGAAAUCCCACAUGCCCAACUUGUACAUAUCAUAAAUUGCCACUGCUCCUCUGAUUUUGGAACCAAGCUGUUGUCUGAAGCCAGAGAGACAUGGACAUUUUUUUUGUGUCAUCAAAAGUUCAGCCCUCUCCUACUCAAAGUAAUUAAGCACCAUCCUAAUUAGGAAAUCUGUAUAUGGACCUGUUUCCUGGGAAGCUGCAGGCGGGGGUUCCCUUCACACACACAGGACCUAGAGGAAGGAACAUUGGUGAUCAAUGCUCCUGGUGAUUGGCCUUAUGGGUACAUGGAUCUUCAGUGUGCACGUCAAUGGAGAAUGAGGAAUGAGUAUGUAUUGUGUAACAGAUGUAUAUUAAUCCUUCAGAAAAUGCAUUUGUUAAAAGCAAAAUUAUUUGCAUUUUGUAACAAUUUAAUUUUAUAUUAUUUCGUUUUGACAGAAUAUUUUGGUCAAUGUAGCCCAUUCUGUUAAUUUCCUUACAUUGAUUCUGAAAGUCAUUAAAUUGCAUAUCCCAAUGCAAAUAUAUCUAAUCUUUUUACAACGAUUCUGUUCAACCAGCCUUGCCAUUAACUUAUUUCAGAUGCUAAUACUCUGUCACUAGAACAAAUGCCAUCUGAACAUCAUUAUUUUGUACUGUGUCAUCUGGUGCAUGAAUAUAGUGCUUAAUCAAGGAUUUUCAUAGAUAGGAAGUCCUUACUACUGAGUCAAUUUACAUAAACCGUAUGUUUUGGUGACAAUAUUUAAAUAUUAAGUUAUUUUAAGCAUAACUUUGUAGGUUCCACCCAUAUCCCAAAUUUGUGAUCGAGGUCAUUUGUUCCUUGAGUUUUUGGCUUCCAAAAGAACCAGCAGAAGUUGGUGAACAUGUGUGAAAUGAACAGAGUAAUGAGGUGGAUAGCAAUACUCUGAAAAUGGGCAUAGAUUUGAAUGGGUGAAUGGCCUCAUGUCACGAGAAAAUAUGACUAUGAUGGAUACACAAAUUGUGUAACCGAUAUAAAUUAAAUAUUUUAUUUGUAAAACAAGUCCAUGAUUCUGUGAAAAUAUCAGCGGCCACAAAGUAUUGUUUAAUGUUUUUGUACAAAUUGACUUUGUAUGAAUCACAAAUGAUGCUUGUGAAACUUGCAGUGUGUUUAAGUGCUAACAUCACCGCUGGUGAAUUAAUCCUAAAUGUUAUUUAAAAUAGAAAUUAGUAUCAGAUUUAUUAUUAGUGGCAUAUGUCAUGAACUUUGUUAUUUUGCAGCAGUACAGUACAAUACAUAAAAUAUUACUGUUAAAAAUAAAUAAUUCAUCAUCAUUAUUACGUGCUGUGUAGUAUGACAUAGGCAGUCAGGGCCUUUUGACCAUGAUUAUUCUUGGCAAAUUCUUCUACAGAAGUGGUUUACUAUUGCCACUUCUGGGCAGUGUCUUUGCAAGAUGGCUGACCCCAACCAUUAUCAAUAUAAUCAAAGACUGUCGGCUUGGCAUCAGUGGUCACAUAACCAGGACUGGCGAUAUGCCCCAGCUGUUGAUACAAGCAUUCAUCCACCUUUGGUGACAUAAUAAAAUCUCAAAUCCUGAA